UCCAGUCUUUGGGACAAUAUUGCAUAUAAUCCUAUGAAACAAGUAUUGGACUGGGUGCCACUCUGCCCUGUGAAUGCCAAGGUCCAUCUGUGUUGGAUGACAGAUGAUAAACAGAAAUGUGUGAACAUUCCAGACUCAUUAAGUACUGCUCAUAACCAAGUUUCCUAUUCUCAUGUAGAUACACACCCAAGACUUUGCAUGAAGUUUGCUACAGAAACAGACUCUUGGGUGAAAUGUCCCUUUGCUUCUGGACCAUUUUCUGCUUGGGAUAUGAAAACAUAUCUUAUGGCUAAAUCAAUGGAAAUCAAACUGACAUCACCAACUAAGGCUAAGUUCUCUGUGGUUAUUUGUAACCAGACAAACUUUAAUUCAUGUGAGUCCCUUCAAAAGUACACUUUGGUAUAUGUGGAAGCACUGGAGACCGUGACGCUGAAUAUGUCCAGAGAGAUUUGCGGCUCAAAUAUUUGCAUCCAGGGCAUAAGAGAAGAUGUGAAUUUCUCAUUUCCUACCCAGAUCUGUGACAUUCCUUGCAUUUCACAAGACCCCGUGUCCAAAGAAGACAGCCUUUUGCAGAUGAUCAUAGUUACAGCUGUCCAGGUUCUAUCUGCGGCUAUCUUUACCUGUAUUGGAUAUAAAUUAUUUAAAGUUUGCCAUCAAAAGAGAGAACAAAAACGUUUACUGAAGUCUGAAGUCAAAUGUAUGUCAGAAAUAGCUUCUUCACUGGAACAAAUGACUCUUUUGUCAACUAAAGCAGAAGGUGACAGAUAAGUGGCAUACAAAGAGAUAUCAUUCUGCAAGCAAGUUUACAGACAUUAGAGAAUUGUCUUCUUAAAGCAGUAGCACAAUUCUAUUA